GGUUCCAGUUGCCAAUGGUGAUGAAUUGAAAUCAAUUCAACUUAACUUAGUUGUCGACUUCAUAAUAAAGAGUGGAAUGGCGCUGUGAUUUCGUUCAGUUACGUUGUUUGAAAUAAUUUGGUUUGUGUUUAUAAUGGAAAUAAAGCAAUAAUUCGUGUACAAUCUCAAAUGAUGCUGUUGCUCAUACAAAUGUAAAACAUCAUGGCAAAUGAGGGAAAUUCUAAUAGGUGCUGUGCUUGUUGCUGUAAGCAGAAAAAUAAAGUUGGCCCUGCAGAUAAUUCAGAUGAUAUUCAAGUAGUAUCAAAUUCAUUUGAAAGAAUCAAUGGUUGGACUUGUCCAUGGCAUCCACUUCAAAUAAUGGCUUGGUUAUUUAUUUGUAUUUUUGCAACAAUUCAUUUUGGAAUUCUGGUAAACUAUCUUCCAAAGGAGUGGCAGGCUACUGGUUAUAUUGUCCCCGCUUGUCUUUUGACUGUUCACACAGUUUAUCAUUUGCUGUGCUUGUCUAUCGACCCAAGUGAUGUUGCUGUGAAAGCGAAACGGAGAAAGGCCAAGGGUGGUGAAGAAAAACCCGGCUUUGAUCGAAGCAAGAGAGCACAUGUUAUCGAGAACUUCCAUUGUUGUAUUUGCCUCACUGAUGUAGGUGACAAAAGUAAACACUGCUCUGUGUGUAACAAAUGUGUAUCCGAAUUCGACCACCAUUGCAAAUGGCUUAAUAAUUGCGUAGGAGGUCAGAAUUAUAGAUUAUUUCUUGGUUGUAUUAUUUCUGGCUUUGUAGCUGGCUUGGCGAUUUUUAUAGUUGACCUUUAUCAAUUUGUUGUUUACUUUGUAAACAGAAAGCAGCUCAGAACCAAUCCAGGUAACUCAGAGAAUGGCUGGAAACUCUUUGUCUUGGUUCAAAACGAGUCAGCUUACCUCGCAAUUAUCUCAAUAACUGGAAUUCUACUAUUGGUUACAUUAGGCCUUCUUGGACAUUUGAUAAUUUUUCAUUUUUACCUCAUCUGUAAAGACAUGAGUACGUAUGAGUAUAUUGUGCAGUUGAGAGAAAAACAGCUUCGCAGCAACCGCGUCGACAUCGAAUCAGGCGAAAUUAGUCCUCCGAAAAUUCAGCCCAUUAAGGGGGCUUCAAGUACCGAGGAAAGGAUCGUCAAGGAUGAAGAAGACGGAAGGGGGGAAGAUACAUCCAAACCCCCUAGAGCAAGGAGAUCUCUAUUGUCAGAAGCAACUGACGGAGAAAUUAAACAGCAUUCAUCUUCAAAUGUGGAAAGUGAAGUCGUUGUGAUAAAAACCAAACGAAAAGUAAAAAAGUACGUUGCUAAGAAUCACACCACUAAGAAUCGGGACAUCUUGGAACAGAAUUUGGUGAGUGAGGAAGAAACACCCCCGACUGUGAGGAAAUUGUCUCCUGAAGGGUACAACAUCUGCGAAGAUGUCGACGAGCGUAGAGACUCUAUCGAAUCUUUGAAAGAAAUGAAUGAAGUACCAUUAAAGGAAAUAAUGAACAAUAACAAAAACAAUGAAAAGACAAAAACCAACGAGGACAACUUACCGUCCAAUCUUAUGCAUAAUAGCGAAUCUGUAAAAGAAAAAGAAUUAAAAGACAAUCUUAAAAGGAAGAAAAGCAAGAGAAAGAAAGGAAAGAGGACAUUAAAGAAAGAAUUGCCUCCAGUAUUAGUUAAAUCGAAACGACCUUUGCCCCAAUUAGCAGCUGUUGAUGAAGAGAACGAAGCCGCAAAUGAUGCAUGAAUUCUUGUCAAGUUUUUUAAAUUGAAUUUUGUGGUUUACAGCAUUCUCUAAUUUAGAAUAUGGCAAGGGAAGGAGUUUUUUCAUCCAUUUUCCAAAUCAUAUCCACCUUUAGACUGUCUAGAUAUAGUUUCAAAAGUAACUAUUUAUUUCUAUUGGUUGCGUAAACUCUUUUUGUUAGAUAAUCACCACUUCAUUUUUCCUAUCAAAAGCCUUGCGAACGGGAAGACCAUUACACAUUACCCUCCCUCUUUGUUCAUGGGCAGUAGCCAUACAUCCCCAUACAACUUUAUAAUCACAACCCAUUACUCAAGGUCUUCCUAUUUACAGUAGGAAAAAACCUCGCUACCCCCCUAACACCCUGCUAUAGACUGCUGAAGAACGAACAUUAAACCGCCUUGUCGAUAUUUCAAUUUACGUCUACAAACAAGAAAUGUAAAUAUAGGUUGUAUUAGUUUUUGUAGAUAACUGAAACAGCUCAUCGCGCGAA